AGUCAGUGCUGCAGACCGAGUGCAGCAGUGCAGUCUGAAGCAGAGAGCUCUGGUUCAACAGUUCUCUACAACCCACUGCAUCUCACCCUAGAGGAGGAAUGCUGGCAAGGAUCUCGACCACAUGCAAAGUGCUCUUAAAGCUGUUGGGCCCUGAUAUUUUAUUCAGCAGUUUGAAAUCAAUCCACAGCUUUCCUCAUUCACCCUCCCACUUGGGGCCAAUGCAGGGGCAUGAACAUCUAUUGAGGAAAACCACAAAAAACUUCAGAACAGCUACCACGGGGAAAAUCGAGUUUGGUCCCACCACCAGCAGGCCGCGAGUGUGCUGCCGUGCGGUCACCUGGAUUCCUGCACAAUGAAGAUUCUGUAUUCUGCGCUUUUCCUGCUCCUGGUUGUGCCUCAGGCAGAGUCGGCACCCCGGGCUCAGCAGGGCUCCCGCGUUACCACUGAUUAUGGAACAGACGAUUUUGAAGAAACCAUAUUUAGCCAAGAUUAUGAGGAUGGAAAAAAUAUUAAGGAAAAAAGAAAGAUGGUAAUACCUGGCGAGAAAAGUCUUCGAUUACAAAAAGAUGAGAGUGUAACACCGCCCCUGAAGAAAGAAAAUGAUGAAAUGCCCACAUGCCUGCUGUGUGUGUGUCUAAGUGGCUCUGUGUACUGUGAGGAAGUGGACAUCGAAGCCGUGCCCCCUCUGCCCAAGGAAUCAGCCUAUCUUUAUGCACGAUUCAACAAAAUUAAAAAGCUGACUGCCAAAGAUUUUGCAGACAUUCCUAAUUUAAGAAGACUCGAUUUUACGGGAAAUUUGAUAGAAGAUAUAGAAGAUGGUACAUUUUCAAAACUUUCUUUGUUAGAAGAACUUUCACUGGCUGAAAAUCAACUACUGAAACUCCCAGUUCUUCCUCCCAAGCUUACUUUAUUUAAUGCAAAACACAACAAAAUCAAGAGUAGAGGAAUCAAAGCAAAUGCAUUUAAAAAACUGAGUAAUCUCUCCUUCCUCUACCUGGACCACAACGCCCUGGAGUCGGUGCCUCUUCACUUACCAGAGAGUCUGCGCGUGAUCCAUCUUCAGUUUAACAACAUAACUUCAAUUACAGAUGAUACAUUUUGCAAGGCUAAUGACACUCGCUAUAUUCGAGACCGGGUGGAGGAAAUACGGCUGGAGGGCAACCCCAUCAUCCUCGGGAAGCACCCGAACAGCUUUAUCUGCUUAAAAAGAUUACCCAUUGGGUCAUACUUUUAACCACUGUCACAGCACAAAUGAAGGUAGAUACACACUUAGAAUCUUUCUACACAAUGUUUAAAGAAGUGUAAGCAUUGAUUUAAUCUUAACUUUGUAACCCAUUAUGAAGUAAUUAUAUAUUCAAAGCAAGGAUGUUACAAACUCUUACAUAUAACAAGUAAAACAUAACAUUGACUUUCUAAGCUCAAAACAGGUGAUGUGUAAAUAUUUAAGCAGCAUUGCACUAUUUUUCUAACUACACUAGACUGCCAUUUAAGAGGUAUGUCUCUGCCACGUCCUGCCCAGAGUUGAGGUGUAUUAUUCCCACUGCCCAUGAAGUCCAGUCCCCUUCACACGUCUGUUUCCUCGGCAUUUACUGUAUCUCAAACUCAGUUAAGGCAGAUGCUCCAAAAACUUUGAAAAACAAAAUAUUUCUAGUAAUCUCUCAUUUUUCUUUUAGGACUCAUACACUAUUCACUACAAAGUAGAAACUUUGUUUUCUUUCUAUCAAGGCAGCUAUUUUAUGAUAUUUUCAUUUAGCCUGAAGAAUAGGGUAUAGUCUCAUAGGUAGGCAAAACUUUCCAAAUAAAAUAAAAAUUUACUUUCUCUGAUAAAGAGCUGAUAUCGAAAUGUUCUGCUACUCUGCUUUGUGAUCACAUAGUUAAGUCUUUAGUAAAAUAGCAAGACAUCUUCUUUUAUCUAAAUAUUAGGUAUGUUCAUCAUAAAACAUUUAAAAAAGUCAAGCAGGGAAAAACCAGUAUGCUUCUAAGAAAAAUAUACAAAAGGCCUUCCAGUUUCUCACAACGAAUAGCCAUAAAUCCUGUACAGCCUCUAAAAACUGAGAUCACUGAAAAAUAGUUUCUUUUUACACGAUAGGAAUAAGACUGUCAUCAAUAAA